AUGUCAGACAGCUCACCACAAGGCAGGAUAUUCGCAGCGACCGUCCAAACGACGUACGAACAGAGUGAGGGACCGAGAUCAGAACCACAAGGUAACCUGGAGAACGAGGACUCUGAGCUGGAAGAUGACGACUCAGAGCGUGUAUCACCACCAUGGAUUCCAUUAUCCGAGGUCAAACACGUGAUAAGCGCAGCAGAAGAUGAGCUGAAGACACUUCAGCUCUCACGAGUUGAUCCCGAUAGAUUGCAAACAUUCAUCAGCAAGGCACAGCGGCUGUGUGCUCUUCUCAUCCAUAUCGACCGCCUACAUUGGAUCGAGGCCUUCUGCGAGCAGAAUUUUGGAGAUGCGAUAUUUCCAGUCAAAAUUGUGCAGAAGAACAAAAACACAUGUACAGUGCGGCGAUUGAAGACCAAAGCAACCUUGUCUGAGGCAUCAGUCGACAUACACAUUGCAAAGCCAGAUGAUAGAACAAUCAUUCAUACGAUUGAAGAUCCCCAUCAGUGGUUUUUCUUCCCUCCCGUAUUUGCGAAAAGCGGCUCUCCCUAUACCUUCGACCCCCGAUGCAGGCUGCCAUUCCUGAAGGAAAUCACCCACAGAGCAACAAAUUUCAGUGCGGUGACUGAACGUGUCAUUCACAAAAGUCACCUGGAUUUUCCGAAGUUCCCAAAUGAUGACCAAAUUGGUACUGUGGUCGAUGAUGAUGGAAAUCCUCAUGUCGCUGUGAAGGAACUUACCUCGGAAAAGUGGUUCGGGCCGCGAUUCAAGGAAGUUGUCAAAAACGAGGAGGCAGUUCUGGUCCACUUUCAAGAGAAAAAGCACGACCACUUCAUCAAGGCCAUUGCCAGAUACACCCAAUCCCGAAAACAUUACUUUGUUUUCCCGUGGGCGAAAGGCGGAAAUCUUCACGACUUCUGGGAGAAGCAACCUAGCUUGAGCGACGACUGCCUCAAUUUCAGUCGCGAAACCUGGAACACCUUCAUCAAAUGGUUCUUUCGGCAAAUUCUUGGUAUUUCUGGCGCCAUGAAGAGCCUUCAUUUCCCGGUCAACAAUCCUGGUGGCUCAUGCCGCCAUGGCGACCUCAAGCCCGAGAACAUACUUUGCUUUUGCGAUGUCGUACCUGGCCCAGGUCAGGUACCAACUAACGUAAAGCUGGUGAUUGCCGACGCAGGGCAUGCGAAAAUCCACGAGAAAGCAACAGAAUUUCGGCCUGACCCGACGAGAACCCCGCGUGGGACACAACGAUAUACUCCUCCAGAGGCUAACAACCCAGGCGAGACCAAGAAGCCCACAUCACGACGAUACGAUAUCUGGUCUCUCGGAUGUAUGUAUCUUGAGUUCCUCGUCUGGAUUCUAUAUGGGUACAAGGGACUACUCGAUUUCUAUAACGACGUUGGUAAUGAGUUCUUUUCCACCACUGGAGCAAACGUUCAAGUGAAAUCUCAAGUUCAGGACUGGAUCGACGCCAUCAAGAUUGAUCCAAGAUGCGCGCCUUUCACAUCAACCGCAGUUGGGAGAUUGGUCCACCUCAUCGAAACCAGGUUAUUAGUCGUCAAUACCGAGGUCGAACCCACAGAGAACACUGAUUUCCAAGAAGUCAUGGAUCUCGGAACGAUGGGAACUGGCCCCAAAUUAAUCAUUCGGCCGCCGACUAUUAAGAUCAACCCUGAGCCGACACUGACAAGAGCUGAUGCAAAAGAGAUGGUAGAAGAGAUGGAAACCAUUGAAGCCGCAGCGGAUAAAGGUUCCAUUGAGUGGAUUAACUGGGAUGGCAUGGAACAAGCAUCCAAACUGGGAACACCGCAAGCAUCCGAUACCCUUCUUUCCGACAAGCAAUUGAAGACAGGCAAACAGCGGCGCCAUAGCUUAUCAGUGGUUUGGAACUUCCUGUCAUUGCACUCAUAG